UUUGUCUACUACUGUUCAAGUCAGUUUAGAAUUCUAAAAAUGUUUUCCCCGCCGCCCGUAUAAUCGCGAGUUACGUUCGGGAGUAGGUAUAGGUACGUAAAAAACAAAACAUCUAUAAUAAAUAAUUAUCGAGACACAUUAGUGACCGUCGCCCCCGGGUCAUUUGCACACACAGAGUCCUUGACACUACCGUUUCCGUUGCGAGCACGCUUCCCGCCGUUUUUUUUCGUUUUCCAUCGUGCCGUAACGUCCAUUGUUGUGUCGGCGGUACAUCAUUGUGCUCUGCGACCCGUUGUGAAAUUCACUUGUCUCCGCCGUCGUCGUAUAGCCGCCACCGUUACUACUAUUUCUAUUUGAAUUAUUACAACUUACAUUAAUACUAUUACUAAUACUACUACUACUAUAUACUAUCGUAUACUAUAACUACUACCGCUGUCGACGAAGUUUGCUGCCAUGUAUUUGCUAAUCAACACGCUAUUCAAUCAGGUUCAAUUCAAUCACAUUUACGUAGAGGGCAGUAUACUCCUUGUACUUCUGUGGAUAUUAUUUAAAAAAACAACAAGUUCCUCAAAUAUAAAAAGGGCCGAAUCGUCAGAAAACUUGGACGUUGAGCAAAAGAUUAAAUUGUGGAAUCCAAAACCUAUGGUUAAUACAACUUCUUUGUCUGCGUUGCCAAUGGAAAACUAUGUCAUUGAUGGCAAGACUGGGCAUUAUAUCACAAUUAAUGGCCAACCGUGUAUAAAUUUUGCAACCCACAACUAUUUUAAUUUCAUCACCGACAAUUCUAUUGAAAACAAUGUAAUAGAUGCGGUGAAUAAAUACGGCAUUGGUUCUUGCGGACCUAGAGCAUUUUACGGCACAUUUGAUAUACACAUUGAACUAGAGGAGAAGCUCGCUAAAUUUAUGGGAAUGGAAGAAGCUGUUAUAUACUCGUAUGGAUUCUGUACGGUGACUAGCGCCAUUCAAGCAUACGUCAAGUCUAGAGAUAUUGUAUAUGUGGACGAAGAAGUGAACUUUGCAAUACAAAAAGGUCUACAAUCUUCUAAAGCAGAACUGGUAUACUUCAAACACAACAGCCCAGAAGACUUGGAACGGUUGAUCUUGGAAAAAAAUUCAACCAAGAGAAGAAGAAACAGAAGAGCGUUUCUAAUUGUCGAAGGAAUUUAUAUGAAUACUGGAAAUAUUUGCAAUUUACCAAAAUUUAUUGACAUCCGAAUAAAACAUAAGAUCCGUAUAUUCAUUGACGAAACCAUAUCAUUCGGCGUUCUUGGUGAAAAAGGUCGUGGAAUUACAGAACACUUCAAUAUACCAAAAGACGAAGUCGACCUUAUCAUUGGAAGUCUAGAAACAUCCUUGUCGUCAGUUGGUGGUUUUUGCGUAGGUUCAACAUUUGUUGUCGAACAUCAGAGGCUAUCUGGUCUUGGCUACUGUUUUUCUGCAUCGCUACCACCACUACUAUCAGCGGCUGCUAUUAAAGCUUUAGACAAAAUUGAAAAACAUCCUGAAAUGUUGGUAAAACUGCGAGAAAGGAGCACAAGUCUACACAGAAGCAUUCACAAAAGCCAGCUGACCAAGCACUUUACUCUAGGGUCUGAUGCAACAAGUCCAUUAAAACAUUUGUAUUUAAUAGAUAAGUCUAUAUCAUACACGGAACAACAGAAAAUAUUGAAAAAAAUUGUUGAUUACUGUAUAUCAGAAGGUGUUGCGAUUACUACAGCUGCAUAUUUGAGUGAUCGUGAAUAUAAAAUACCCACGCCCAGUAUCAGACUUCUCACAAGUAUCAAAACAACAGACGAAGAAAUUGACUCUCUAAUAAAUACACUGUUGCAAGCGGUUAGUGUGUCGAUCAUACAAAAAGUAUAAUAAAACGGCGGGGUCUUGUGCAGUGCUCACUCAUCAUAAUGACUGCUAUCUACUUAAAUAUUGUACCUAAAAUCAUCCCUACAAAAUAACUGUUGUAAACUGUACUUAAUUUUUACGUGAAUUUACUUUAUUUCAAUAAAAAGAAUAUGUUAAUUUUGGAUCGAUUAAAAAUAAACCGUUGCU